GUGAAAUACUUCCAACACGCCUCUGCCUGAACUGCCAGUACAUCGUCUUCCAACAACGUUAUUCUCUCUUUCAGCUUCCCCGCAUUUACCGAUCCCUGAAAUAACAGCCUUUUUUCUGAUUUUUCACCGUUUUUUUUCUACUGCGAGAGUUGCAAAUCUCAAACUUCAUUCAUAUCACACAAACUACAAUUCUUAAUAUGCCGGCUAUCGUAUCACCUACCGUACCCCGUACAGAUGUUUCUGCAAAGUCGAGGUCUUCUCCACAACCUCGCAAGACUCGUAUGGUCAAGCCCAGGGGAAGGGGUAGAAACAAUUUUGAGAGUGACGAGGAGUUCGAAAGAGAGGUCGCAACUGACUCCGAAUCUGAUGAUGAUCGUUCCUCAGUUGCCACUGAAACCGACUCCGACACUGAACCUGCCUCUGCAGAGGACAUAGCUUCCAACGGCCAUUCGCACAUUUUAACGCCCAAUACGACUCAGAGCUCCGAGGACGUCCCAUCGCUCAACCACCGGCCAGUCAAAGACAUCGAUGGUGACUCUACUCCUUUUUUCAGUGCCGCUGGCAACUGGUCGGAGAUGGUCGCUGAGGAAACUGCCAAUGGCCCUGCGGAGCUUCCAGUUAUAGAGUUCGCAGAUUUCAAUAGCCCUUCUAUCCCCCAACGCACUUUGUCAGGACCACAUCCGCGUAGAACAGGUAAAGCGUCAAAGCGCCCCCAGCCCAAGCGCGCGGUCUCAGCGCCUUCGUCUGACCGUGGUGCUGUGGCGCCUCAACUCCCCCCUGUUCAAGCUGAGGAGGAGGCCUCAGAGCCCGCAGAUGAUCAGCCCCACGCAUCGACGUCCCGACAACAAUCCCGAAAUUCGUUCUCCAGGCCCCCUUCUGGACACAAUGCUCGUCAAGCUUAUCAGCAGAGACUAGAGGCGGACCCAUCCUAUGUUCCCACUGUUGGUGAGUUUUGGGGCCACGAUGAUCGACUGCUGGAUAAGGACCUUAGGAGCCUGAGUGGGUGGUGGAGAGGCCGCUGGCAGGGUAGGGGUCGCGGAAGAGGUGGUUUUGGUUUCGUGCGUGGUAGGGGCAGAGGAGCCUUUACUGGCCCAGAGUCUAGUCGACCUGUACUAGAAACCUCUGGAUCUCAAGAGACAGAGAAACCCCCAGUUGAACCGUCCCUUAUUGACCAACCGUGGACCCACGACGGUUUCGAGGAGAUGAAGAAGCGAGAUGAAAAGAGGCGUGCAGCUGCACCAAAUCAACAACAGCAAGCAGCAAGGUCUACACGAGGUUUCUUGCCAUUUCGUGGCAGGGGUGGAUUUAUUACCGGCCGCGGACGUGGCGGUCUUGCACGUGGCGGUUUCACGCCUUCACCGACUGGAGCACACUUCAUUCCUCCUGCUGCCGCUGCCGCUGCAUCAGGCAGAACGUGGUAUGCGAUGAAGCCCGAACGUGUCUGGACAAAGCAACACGAGGGUUUCCUGUUUUUCGACCCCACCUUGAAGCCUCGUUCCGGUCAAGGUCCAGGCUAUCGGGUCAAGCUCUCUGGCAAUGAAGGGAAGAUUGUCAGAAGCUCUGCUCGAACCACUCAAGUAACAGAGCCUGUGCCAUCUGUGGUUGCACCUUCAGAGGCGAGUGAGAAGACAUUUAUCGUGCGUCUACCCAAGAGGGCAGGAAAGGAGAAGGCACCAGAGCCGACUCCUGAGGUUGUUGAGACUACUACCGCUGCAGAUCCUCCUAUCGAAGAUAUCUUCACAGUUCGACCGGAACUCGUGCCCCCAAGGCAGCCCAUUCCAACUUCGCAAUCAGCUUCGCCUCUGGCCAAUGGUCACGUGCCUUCUACACCGGUAUCUGCUGUGCCUUCCACACCUGCUGUACCAACUCCUUCAUCACCUGAUGCCUCGAAAGAGAAUAUCACGUCACCUCUUUUGCAGCAAAUGAUGCGCGCGGCCGCAGAUCAGCAGGUUAAGGAGACUACAGACGUGCCAAACGGCAUAUUGCAGGAGCAGUACGACCAGAAUGUGCCUGCUCUCCUUCAAGUCGAGCAACCCGCAACGAACCCUGACACUUCUGACGCCGUCCGUUCACCGAUGCCUCCACCCCUGCAGACUGUGUUCUCGCCGCCAUCGCAGCCCUCGCCUCCGUACGGAUCGCCGUAUGGAUAUGGCUCUCCUCUACCGCCCGGUGUGGCCAUCGGCCACCAUGGUAUGCCGUAUGAGAUUGCCACGGGUCGAGCAGUGUAUCUGCAACACCCGACAAUGUACACUCCACGCCCGUUAGCCCAUGGCAUGAUGACACCCCCAGGGCUUCCAUAUACUCCUAUGCAUCAUCAUUCUGCUAGCUCUCCGGAUUUCCUUGCGCCAUCACACACACCUCCUGUUAAUGGUUACAUUGACCCAUCAACUGGCAAUCCGCUCUUCUCCUUCCCUCGCCAGAGUUCUCGCAUUGAAAUCCGAUCACCAACCACUCAUUCGGAUCUUAAGCAGUUGAAGAGCAGGCGUCUGCCUUCCAGUUUGAGGACGAGCGCAGCCUCAUUUGAGCCUUCGCGUCCCGCAAGUCCCAAUAUCGAGUCACAGGCAUACCAGUCACCUGAAGAUCAUUCUGCACAGGAUGAUGCAAAUUCAAGUCAAGCCAAUGACCAAGUGAUGCCAGAGCAAGCAAUGGAGCCCACCAUGUACGGGUACCCGCCAUAUCAACAGCAGUACUACUAUCCCGAGCACUACGGGUACUCCCAGUACUACGACAUGUCUCACGUUCCACAGUACGAGAUGUAUCCCACCGACCCACAUGCUUCUCAAGUCUACUACUAGUACUAAUAUGUUAUAUCUUCUGAUGCUGUUGUUUUUCUUCUGUUCUUGCUUUGGGAUACAUACGUACACCGCUAUCCAUGACCGUUUCAUUACUCACGAUCUUGACGUCCUCAGGUCUCAGCAGUUACCCUCACAGACUUCAUAUUGCUCCAAUGCGUUCCUUACUUUACUCAUGCUGUUUCACUUGUGUUUCUCUUACUGCAAUACUUCUCGGGUCUUGAAUAUGAUAUUGGCUUGUUGACACUGUUGUUGAAUAUUUUACUCGUGUAGUUGCUUGCAAUGCUCAAUUUCUUCCCCACUCA